CGCAGCGUUCUGUGGUGGUUUAAUCGGGUACCUCUGGCCUUCAAACGACCAAAGUCUCUGAGAAAACCAUGCAAACAGACAAAAUGAUGAAGGCUAUACUUCUGCUCACGUUCACUGUCUUGGUCUCCAGCAGUCCUGUGCAACCCGGUAAUACGGCACCCCUGAAACAGAGCUAUAGGAGGACUUUAUUGAAAGAGCUUAUUGAUGAGCUGGAUAAAGUACUGAAUUUCUCAAAGGACACUCAGGGAAACGUACCAAAUGUCUUCCUGACAGAACUGAAAGCCUGUGAGCAUAAGAGUUUCUGCCAGUACGAGGAAGAGCUGAUAAAGGAGGUCUCUGGAGUGUCUGGAGCCGAAUAUGACCCGUUCCGGACCGACAAGUUGCUAAUGAGGAAUUUGCACAUGUUUAACGAGCAUCACGUGAAAACCUGCAAGCGUGCUGAAGGCCCGGUUAAAAUUCAUCUGCAAGCUUUCUUGAAAGACCUCCUGCAUUGUGCCAAGAGGGAAUUUACCACUUCCAAGUAAAAUUAAUUUAUGAAAGAUCAAGUUUAUUUUUUGCCUUUUGCAGAGUAUUACUUUAUUUACGAUGUCUGUAGCCGUAUAUAAUAUUGUAACUGUAAUAAAUAUAAUUUUUCACUCGA